GGAGCGGCGGCCGCCCUCUGGCGGAGCGGAGGCCGGGCGGGGCUGUCAGCGGCCGCGGGCACCGGCAGCGGAGCGGCACCGGCGGCCGCCGCCGGCCCAUGCCCGCCUGCCUGUCUGAUGCCGCAUCGGAAGCGGAGGGCGCCGCUAUGGAGUGCCGGGAUGGAGGCCACGCGCUGUAUCCACACGUGCCUUUGGCUGAGCGCAGCCUGGAUCCCCUUCGUGCUGCCGCACGGACUCGCCUCCGGCACAGAGCUCGCUGCCAGCGCUGACGGCCGGGGUACGGCGCACGGGCACGGCAAGCUGGUGUGGGCUGUCAGCCUGGACGUGCCAGAGGAGGAACUGGAGCAGCAGGCAGAAGAGCUGGCCCGGACUGCGGGGCUGGUGAACAUGGGCCGCAUCGGGGAGCUCAAGGGCCAUUACCUCUUCGCCUACCAGCCCGACAGCCACACGGCGCCCGAACACGAAGCAAUAAGGAGAUCGGUGGACACUUUGUUUGCACAGCAUGACAGCGUGCGGUGGCAUUCGGAACAGAAGCUUCUGAAACGCUCCAAACGCAGCCUGCACUUUAAUGAUCCCAAAUACCCCCAGCAGUGGCAUCUGAACAACCGCAAGAGCCCCGGGAAGGACAUCAACGUCACCGGCGUGUGGGAGCGGAACGUGACAGGGCGCGGCGUGACGGUGGUGGUGGUGGAUGACGGUGUGGAGCACACCAUCAAAGACAUACAGCCAAAUUACAGCCCAGAAGGCAGCUAUGACUUGAACUCCAACGACCCCGACCCUAUGCCUCACCCUGACGAGGAGAACGGCAACCACCACGGGACCCGCUGCGCGGGGGAGAUCGCCGCCGUGCCCAACAACAGCUUUUGCACGGUGGGGGUUGCCUACGGGAGCCGCAUCGCAGGCAUUCGAGUGCUGGAUGGGCCCCUCACCGACAGCAUGGAGGCCAUCGCCUUCAACAAGCAUUAUCAGAUCAACGACAUCUACAGCUGCAGCUGGGGUCCAGAUGACGAUGGGAAAACCGUGGAUGGCCCCCAUCAGCUGGGAAAGGCCGCCCUGCAGCAUGGCGUGAUCGCAGGUCGCAGGGGGUUUGGGAGCAUUUUCGUAGUGGCCAGCGGCAACGGGGGGCAGCACAGCGACAACUGCAACUACGAUGGUUAUGCCAACUCCAUCUACACCGUCACAAUAGGCGCAGUGGACGAGAUGGGCUCCAUGCCGUUCUAUGCCGAGGAGUGUGCCUCCAUGUUAGCCGUGACCUUCAGCGGUGGGGACAAGAUGAUGAGGAGCAUCGUGACAACAGACUGGGAUUUGCAGAAGGGCACGGGGUGCACGGAGGGCCACACGGGGACGUCGGCUGCGGCUCCUCUCGCCGCCGGGAUGAUCGCGCUGAUGCUGCAGGUGCGGCCGUGCCUCACCUGGCGAGACGUCCAGCACAUCAUCGUCUUCACAGCCACCAAGUACGAGGAUCGUCACGCGAAGUGGGACACCAACCGGGCUGGCUUCAGCCACAGCCAUCAGCACGGCUUUGGCUUGCUGAACGCCUGGAGGCUGGUUAACGCUGCCAAGAUCUGGGAGUCCGUUCCCUACCUCGCCUCGUACGUGAGCCCUGCCCUGAAGGAGGGCAGGAGCAUCCCGCUGCUGCCGCAGGAGCUGGAGGCCACGUGGAACGUCAGCGCCGCCGACCUGGAGCUCUCCGGUAUGAGAACCCUGGAGCACGUGGCAGUCACCGUCACCAUCACACACCCCCGCCGCGGCAACCUGGAGAUCAGGCUCUUCUGCCCCAGCGGCAUGAUGUCCCUGAUAGGAACCACCAGGAGCAUGGACUCGGAUCCCAACGGCUUCGCUGACUGGACCUUCUCCACAGUGCGAUGCUGGGGCGAGGAGGCACAGGGCACCUACAGACUGGUCAUCAGGGACACCGGAGAUGAGAGCCUGAGGCCUGGGACCUUGAAGCAGUGGCAGCUGACCUUGUACGGCUCCUCCUGGUCCCCAGCGGAGAUGAAGGAGCGGCAGAGGCUGCUGGAAGAAGCCAUGAGCGGGCAGUACCUGAACAGCAACUUCUCCCUGCCCUGCCCUCCGGGGCUGGAGAUCCCCGAGGAGCAGCACUACACCGUCACGGCCAACACGCUCAAGACCCUCCUGCUGGUGGGAUGCUUUGCUGUGUUCUGGACUUUCUACUACAUGCUGGAGGUGUGCCUGACCAGGAACAACGUGGGCUUUGACCUGAGCUGCAGCGGCUCCAGCACCUGCAAGUGGUACCAGCAGGGCGGGAAGCACAGAGCCCUCGAGAACGGCCUGGAGAUGGAGUCUGUGCCGCUCUACAGGGAGAAGGAAGCCGAGGAUGUCGAGAUGGAGUGCGAGCAGCUGGAGCCUGCCCAGGAGGGCAGGGGGGAGGAGGGGUCCUGGACCCCCACCCACCCCAAGCCUCCCACCAGCAGCAGAGCUGCCGGCUUCCACGAGGCAGCCCCCGCCGCAGCAGGGUACCUCGGCCGGGAGGCAGCAGCUGAGCUCCUCUCGGAGGGCAGGGAGCACCAGGCAUGCUAGCUGGGGCUGGGGGCUUGGGCUGCGUCCCCCCCCUCGGUACGUCCUUCCUGAGCGUGGGCAGCAGAGACUUCCUGAGCCCCCGGGGACCAUUGCCGCUGUGUCCUGCGAAAAGGGGUGUUGGAAGUGGCUCAAACAAGGAGAAAGUCUGCUGGCAGUGGAAGGGGAGCUUUCCUUUCCCUUGCUCUGGAAAACAAAGCAAGCCUUAAGCCCGUUCCUAGAGGAGCUUGCUCCCUGUCCCCUGUGCUCUGACCCCGCCACCCCGUCCUCUCCGGCAAGCACACGAGCAGGCGUACGCUUGGGGGGGGCAGAAGGCAGCGGGGCUUCCUCCAUCGUCCUGCCCAGAGGCUGCAGGGAGUAGACGACGCAACCCGGAGGGUGCUGGGUGCUGCCUCCCCCACACCCCCCUUCCCAUCUGCUGCAGGGAGGGCGGAGGGCCGGGGGGUGUCCCUGCUUGGGGACUCGCUUCGGGGGACACGAGAGCACCCCCGGCAGUGUUGUGGCAGUGCGAGCUCGCUGUGGCUGCCGCCCCCCCCGGUCUGCGUCCUGCCGCUCGCUGGGGCACGAGGGGAGCGCCAAGGCUGCGCGCAGUGCCUGGCUUGGGCUGGGGAGGGAGGCUCGAGUUGCUCUGGCAGCGGCUCGUCUGCGAGCAGGGCUGGUUUGUUCACGUGUCUUUGGGUUCGCUGGUUUAUUUUUUUAAAGUUGGGGGUUUGUUUUUUAAACAGCAAAGUCCUUUUGUGUAGCUUUCCAAAUAAAGUCUUCUAAAAACCCUCCUCU